CACUGCCCAGUGCCUAAAAUUUUCUAUGUCCAGUUAACUGUUGGCAACAGUGAGUUUUUUGGUGAAGGAAAGACUCGUCAAGCUGCUAGACAUAAUGCUGCAAUGAAGGCCCUUCAAGCUCUCCAGAAUGAGCCUAUUCCAGAAAAAUUACCUCAGAAUGGAGAAACAGGAAAAGAAUCAGAAGAAGAUAAAGAUGCAAACAAGUCCGAGAUCAGUGUAGUCUUUGAAAUUGCUUUGAAGCGCAAUAUACCUGUCAGUUUUGAGGUGAUUAAAGAAAGUGGACCUCCUCACAUGAAGAGCUUUGUUACACGAGUUACAGUAGGAGAAUUCACUGCAGAAGGAGAAGGCAACAGUAAGAAACUCUCAAAGAAACGUGCUGCAAUGGCUGUCCUACAAGAACUUAGGAAACUUCCUCCUCUUCCUGUGAUUGAAAAGCCAAAACUUUACUUUAAAAAACGUCCAAAAACAAUAUUGAAGACUGGACCAGAAUAUGGGCAAGGAAUGAAUCCCAUCAGUCGUCUGGCUCAGAUCCAACAGGCCAAAAAAGAGAAGGAGCCAGAGUAUGUUCUUCUUUCAGAGAGAGGAAUGCCUCGCCGUCGAGAGUUUGUUAUGCAGGUAAAAGUAGGCAAUGAGAUUACUACUGGAACAGGCCCAAACAAGAAAAUAGCUAAAAGAAAUGCAGCAGAAGCAAUGUUGCUACAGCUGGGUUACAAAGCCUCUACACCUCUUCAAGACCAGCCAGAGAAGCUUGGAGAAAACAAGAGUUGGAACGGCCAGAAUGUUGGGUUUCCUGAGCCAACAAGUAACACACCAAAGGGAAUACUCCAUCUCUCUCCUGAUGUUUAUCAAGAGAUGGAAGCAAGCCGCAACAAAUCAGCCCCUGGUACCACUGUAAGCUAUCUGUCACCCAAAGAAAUGAGCCAGACUUCUAGCUCUUUCUUCAGCAUAUCUCCUACCACAAAUAGCACAGCUACGAUUGCCAGGGAACUUCUCAUGAACGGAACGUCCCCAACUGCUGAAGCCAUAGGUCUAAAAGGAGUAUCUCCUGCUUCCCCCUGUUCUGCAGUGCAGCCUUCAAAACAGCUGGAGUAUUUGGCAAGGAUUCAAGGCUUUCAGGUACACUACAGUGAUAGACAAAAUGGCAAAGAGUGUAUGACCUGUUUGACACUGUCUCCUGUGCAGAUGACUUUCCAAGGUAUCGGAAGCUCCAUUGAAGCCAGCCAUGACCAGGUAUAA